AUGGCCGGUAGCAAACAUCGCACAUUGGACCCUGCGCAAGCUCACGUUGUGUCUACCAUACUCCAGGAGGAGUUUGCUGCUGUCGUUCGUGACAAGGAUCCUGGUGUAACUAGCUAUCGUAAUGUCACCAAGUGGGCUUCGGCGCGUCGCGCGAAGAUUUUCGCUGAAGAAACUCUCUUCAAAACUGUAGCGGUUAGAGCGAAGCUCGCGGAAUUCAAUUUGGCUGUUGACCGCUGUUUCAGGAAUUACUACCGUAAGCUGCGUACGGACGCUCAGUCCGGACAGGCGCAUCAGUCGGGGCCGUCAGCGCCGCACGUCGGGACGACGCUCGUUGACCGCGUUGCCCCCAGACCCACGGCUCUUGACCUGUAUGAGGUAGACGUGCGGGAUGAAGUUAUGGAGCUUGUUGGUCAGGACGUUGGCGAAUACCAUCCGCGUCUAUUGGAGAUGUGGCUUGCGUUGGAAGAAGACCUCCGCGGGGAGUAUGAAGAGCAGGCUGAGACUAUCGUUCCUACUGUCGAACAGCGCCGGCGGUCCCUUGAAGCCCACUUCUCAAAUGAAUUGGACGCCAUCUGUCGGGACAAGGCGCUCGGAGGCUUAAUGGCCAUCACAGUUUUUGCUUUUCGCGAUAGUGACGGCCAAGUUCAGACCCCGGACUGUUACGGCCGGGUAGACGAUAUUACUCCCGGGUUUGGUUGUGAGGAGGAUGAAAGGGAAGCGUUGUCGGCUUUCACAGCUGUAUGGCGCGAGUACGCUAUGGAACACCUGCCGACUGAAGUUUCCCGGCGUUCGUCCCCAUCGUCCAAAACGAUCAUUAUCCCACGCAAUCCUCAGGGCCUCCCUUUCUUCCCCGCGAUCAACCAGAGAAGCAUACUCCCCGGCGACCUAGAGGAUCUCAUUGUCCGAUAUCUGGAAGCGCUGUGGACUCAUCUACGACGACCCCACCAUCCUCGUACAUUACCGUGGGAGGAUGUCGCAAACGAUCCUUCUACCUACUACGACACGCAGCGUUACGAUUACAUGUGUUUUGAUCGCGAUGCCCUGGAGAACCUUCCAAGGCUGUAUGAGUUCGCCACAGAGCUCGAAAAACACUGUGGCGUCGCUUCCAGCGAUCCAUUCGCGUUUUCGUUUUCAGUCGAAGACCCGAUCGCCCAGCAGCCUCCCCAAACUUCCAUGGCGGCAGGCUCGAACAGUGAAGGCAGUCGCGAAACCCGAAAGCAAGACUGUUCGACGAGUGCUCUCAUCCAGACCUCAGCUCCUCUAUCAACUUCUUCAACGCGCGGAAACGACCAGCAGAAAGCAAUCCCCACCGCCAACUCUAACAUCUCUGUGUCGCCUUCAUCAACUUCGGACACCGUAGCGCGGUCGUCAACAGCGUCGCUUUCGCCUGCAGACAGAAUUCGUGUUGCACUGCCUAGUACAGUGCAACGCUUGCCGCCUUCGACACGCAGUAGCAAGCGGAGUGCACCUUCGGACUUCGACAACUCUGACGAGACAGACAGACCGGCCUCGCUUGCACCGCCGUCGCGUGGCACACGUUCACGUCAGGUCAAGGACGACGCUGAGAAGCGUCAUGGCAACGACAAACCUCCGCAAAAACGGGCUCGUCGUUCGAAUAAGAAGGGCAUUGAUGUCGUCUCGACAGUGGCGAAACCCGCGCCCGCGCCGGCGGAUCAGAAGAAGUCGAAGAAAGGCGCGAAGAAGAACAACUUCGGGGGGUGGCAGUUCGACAACAGCAUCAACUUUGGCGCAAUUAGGCUCGUCGACUACCAAAAAGAGGGGGGUACGAUCUUGCAGGAGAGUGAUUUCAUCUUCAAGCGCGACAGCGGACGCGAACUGGGGGCUAGGGCUGUCGCGUCCAAGGACCCGGCGUGGUUUGCAGGAUCCGAACUCUGGAGGAGUGCGAUUCUUGAGCGUCCGUAG